AUGAAGAUCACUUCAGCUAUUGUGUUUUUCUCUCUUCUGGCUUCUGGCCAAGCCACCGGAGUGUACUGGGGCUCCGAGAAAUACUACUCCAGCCCGGGUAGAUCCCCUAACAAGUGUAAUGACUACCAGCACAAAGGUUUCAGCUGGACUGACCUUGCGCCUGGUUCAUUCUCCGACUAUGGCGGCUUCUCCUUCUCUGGUUUCACAUGCGGAAAUGGCUUUGGUUCCAGCCUUGGCAAGCGUGGCACCCAGAAAUGUAUCUCUGGUACCGUAUCCAAAAGUGGCUCCGACUCCGGUUCUUCGGCUCCAUCGUUCGCCGGCACGGACGAGACCGGCUUCUCUGUGACCAACUUCCACCUUGCCACCGAGAAGGAUACCGAAUUGUACAUUAUCUACACCAUGCCGGAUGGAUCGACCUGCAAGAACACCGCUUCUUGCAACUCUGCUGGUACCGUGGUCAACAAUGACCAGUGUGGUGGUGCUAAGUCCGUCCACUUCGAAUUGCCUGAGGAUAGUAAACUUGAGAGCUGUGGUUUCGGCAUUUACAGCGUUGCCUUUGACUGUACUCCUGGCUCUACAACUACUGCCCCUGCACAUUCCAUCACUCUCCCUAUCAAUCCUGUUAGAAGAUUUAUCGAUAUGCCUUCGACCGGUGUUGCAGAUUCGUCUGUUCCUGCUGAUCCCAGCUCCACCGCGGUAUCUUCGACCUCUGUUGAAGGUUCAUCUGUCCCUGUUGAUUCCAGCUCUAUCAUUGUGUCUUCGACCUCAGUCCCAGGAUCCUCUGUGCCCGCUGAUUAUAGCUCUGCCACUGUGCCUUCGAGCUCUGCCCCAGGUUCAUCUGAUUCCAGCUCUGCUGUUGCGCCUUCGACCUCUGCUCCAGGUUCGAUUGUGCCUGCUGAUUCCAGCUCUAGCGCUGUGCCUUCCACCUCUGUUCCAGGUUCGUCUGUGGCUGUUGAUUCAAGCUCUAUCAUUUUGCCUUCAUCCUCAGUCCCAGGAUCCUCUGUUGCUCCAGUUACCACUCCGCCGGGAAGUACUGAGUCUGUUAGCUCCAGCUCUAUCAUUGCCCCUUCAGGCUCUGUAACGGGCCCUUCUACUGGUCCAGUCACUACCACAGCGACAAGCACACCCCUUCGGAUGACUACAUCGACUGUGUACACCACAAGUUUGAUCACCAUCACUAGCUGUGCUCCAACUGUCACCGAUUGCCCUGCUGGAUCAGGCUCGACCACUGUGAUAACUUCUACCAUCGCUCUUUCCACUACGGUCUGUCCCGUCACCGAGACUACACCUGUCGCUACGAACUCGCCAUCUGUACCUGCUGUCCCUGGCUCCAGCGGUGUUCUCCCUGAAAGCUCCUCGGCUGGUGUGCCUCCUUCCAGUGGCACAUCCGAAACGACAUCUUCGAUUUCAGGAUCUUCUUCUAUUCCAUCUACUGCCAGCGAGACACCCGCUGGAACUGGGACGCCAAUUGUAUCGAUACCUGUGAUUCCUUCUGCCUCCACUACGGCCGGCACCCCAGCUGGAACCUCAGGCCCUUCGACUCCAGCGAUCACUAGCACUCCAGUCCGGAUGACUACCUCGACUAUAUACUCCACCAGUCUGGUUACUGUCACCAGCUGUGCCCCCGAGGUUACCAGCUGUCCAGCGGACUCGACCGUUGUAGUCACUUCGACUAUUGCUGUCUCGACCACGGUCUGUCCUGUCACCGAGACUACUGCUACCGCUACAGAAUCGUCAUCUGUGCCGCCUGCUACCCCGGGCCCUAGCGGUGUCCUCCCUGGAAGCUCCUCGGUUGGUGUUCCUCCUUCCAGUGGUACAUCAGAGACCACAUCUUCGAUUCCGGGGUCUUCUUCUAUUACAAUUACCGCAAGCGAGACACCCGCUGGAACUGGGACUCCCAUUGUAUCGAUACCUGUGAUUCCUUCUGCCUCUACUACGUCCGGCACUCCAGCUGGAACCUCAGGCCCUUCGACUCCAGCGAUCACUAGCACUCCAGUCCGGAUGACUACCUCGACUAUAUUCUCCACCAGUCUAGUAACUGUCACCAGCUGUGCCCCUGAGGUCGUGAGCUGUCCGGCGGAUUCGACUGUUGUUGUGACUUCGACUAUCGCUGUAUCGACCACGGUCUGUCCAGUUACUGAGACUACUACUACAGCUACAGACUCGCCAUCUGUGCCUGCUACCCCGGGCCCUAGUGGUGUCCUCCCUGGUAGCUCGUCAGUCGUUGUCCCUCCUUCCAGUGGCACUUCCGAAACCACAUCUUCGAUUUCAGGAUCUUCUAUUCCAUCGACCGCAAGCGAGACACCCGGUAGCACUGGAACUCCUACCGUGUCGAUCCCGGUGAUUCCUUCUGCAUCAUCCACUACGGGCGGGACUCCAGCUGGAACCUCUAGUCCUUCUAUCCCGGUGAUUCCUUCGGCCUCCUCUACUACGGAUGGAAGCUCUGCUGGAACCCCCGGUCCUUCGACCCCGGCGAUUACCUCUCCAGUCCAGAUGACUACCUCGACUAUAUACUCCACCAGUCUGGUAACUGUCACCAGCUGUGCCCCCGAGGUUAUCAGCUGUCCAGCGGACUCGACCGUUGUAGUCACUUCGACUAUCGCUGUCUCUACCACGGUCUGUCCUGUCACUAAGACUACUGCUACCGCUACAGACUCGCCAUCUGUACCUGCUACUCCGGGCCCCAGCGGUGUUCUCCCUGGCAGUUCGUCAGCCGGUGUCCCUCCUAGUGGCACACCCGUUCCGAUAUCCUCGACUUCGGAUUCUUCUGUUUCCUCGACUACGGGCCAGACCCCUGAUGAAACUGCGACUACCACCGAGUCGAUCCCAGCGACUACCUCUGUUUCCACUACUGACGGGUCUCCCGCUGAAACUGCGACGACUACCACCGAGUCGAUCCCAGUGGUUCCUUCUGUUUCCUCCAGUACUGUCGAGACCCCUGCCGGAACUUCCGGUCCUUCUACCCCAGCGAUCACUACUCCAGUCCAGAUGACUACCUCAACUGUGUACUCCACUAGUUUGAUCACUAUCACCAGGUGUGCCCCUGAGGUUGUGAGCUGCCCAGCGGACUCGACCGUUAUAGUGACUUCGACCGUCGCUGUCUCGACUACCGUGUGUCCCGUCACUGAGACUACAGUUGAUGUCACGUCCACAUCUCCGCCCGCAGGCCCAAGUCCAAGCGGCGUCUUGCCAGGUAGCUCCCCGGCCGGAUCAACUCCCCCCAGUGCCACUUCAGCUACUUCUACGACGGUUGAAUCACCUCCUCCCACUGGCACUCCGACUGCUUCCACUUCGGCCGUGACCUCGGUGGUCUCAUCCCCUGCACCUUCAUCUACUGCUGGCACUCCCACAGCCCCUAGCGAGGCUACUACCACUGUCGUUACUUGGGAAACUGUCACUACCUGCCCGGUGACUACCACUAUUACCUCUGGUUCCUCUACUUUUGUGACUACUACAAGCACCAUUUCAACUGUUACUAUGACUACGACCUCGACUAUCUGCACUGAGUGUUCCGCUACCUCCACUCUCUACCUUCCCAGCUCUGUUGCUCCUGGAAGCACUCCCGCGCCCUCUGAAACGGGUGCUACUACCACCACUGCCCCCACGGUCCCUGGUGCCACCAGUGUCGUGUCGUCUAGCGUUGGUGUCAGCUCUACAGCAACUAUUCCCGAUGGUGCCACUACUACGGCUGUGACUUACGUGACCGAGACAACCUGCCCCGUGACUAACACCGUCACAUCGGGUUCUUCCACCUUCGUGACCACAUCCAACACAGUUUCCACAGUGACCCUCACCACCAUCUCAACUAUCUGUACCCAGUGCUCUACUACGAUCGCUACCGCCACCACUGCCACCGAGACUCAUGCUCAAUCUACAGGCAGCAACACCCCAGCAAUCCCAAGCGGUGUUUCCCCGAUCCCAAGCCCAGCCCCCUCAUCUCCGUGCCCAAAUACCGUGCCCCAGUGCAUAAACACCUGGCUCACCCUCGCCCCUAAAUGCAAAUCCAACAGCGACGCCUCAUGCUUCUGCCCUAACACCGACUUCACCACCAAAGUCAUCUCCUGCAUCCAAGCCUGGGGUGCAUCCAAGGAAGAGAUCCAAUCCGCUCUCUCCUACUUCACCGGUAUCUGCGCAACCUGGAUCCCCAAGAACCCAGGAAUCAUCACCGCAAUCCCCUCAACUAUCACCCUGAUCCCAACAGUUCCUCCCGUCCCAACAUCCGGCGGAACCAUCACCCCCAGCGCCGUCAUCCCCAUCACCUCAGCCCCCACCAUCCCCCGCACAACAAUCACCUACUCAACCUACACAAUCACCGUCCCGCAAGUCAGCUUCGUCACAAACACCGGCUCCACCGCAGGCCCAACAGUCGGUCUCGUCCCGGCUGGUCCCGGCGCUACCCCAGUACAUACCAGCUGGAUUCCGGCGCGCGCAUCAUCGACCUUGAUUACCUCAAGCGGGUACGCGUACAGCAGUGGAAGACCCUGGGCCAGUGCAUCGCCGGUCUUCAACUCGGCCUCGACCUUGUCGAUCGCGUCUAGUCUGGUGCUGGUUUCUCUCGCUGCUUUCUUUAGCUUGAUCAUGUAA